AUGAAGUAUGGUACUAUACAAGACAAAGAGGAGGUCGAAGAGAAGACACUGUCGGAGAAACUUGGAGCAGAGAAAAUUCGGCGCACGUUGGUUUCCCCGCCGGAGCUCGUGCAAAGCACGGGCGGGUACUUAUUCCGAAGGCCACGAAAAGGCCUGCGCCAGGACCGACGAGCACAGUCGCUCGCCCGCCCGUACCUCGGGACGUACCUUCACAUCUAUCUACCAACAGCGACGACCGAGGUGAUGCGGCCACGGGUCGAGAACGCGCGAGAAGGAAGAGACAUGCAAAACGGUAGACGCGUUUACCGGGAACAUUGUGUAUCCAAGAUUGUCAUUCCAUGCAUGGCCUCUGAAGGUGCAUUUCUUGUAUUCUAUGUCACUCUCUCACUGUCGGGUCUGCGUCAAUGA